UAGGAUGAAUCGGGUUUACUAUGGAUUAGAGAGAGCUAAGAGGAGGAUGGAGACAGAGGUCAAGGGGGGCACGACGCAGGAACGCAAGGCAGGCAAUCAAGUGCGCAAGCAGGGCAACAUGGAAACCAAGGAUUGGGGUGAAGGCAGGAGGGCAGGGAGGAGCAAAGGAGCAGGACUAGCGGAAGAGAUCGAGGGCACCACAGUCAUCCCAACGCUUGGAAACCUUGAGAGCGGAGACACGGGAGCCUCUCAAACACAAUGUCGUGGCACGGGCAAGAGCUAUGCUCAACCUGGCCGAGAUGAAAGAGCGAACCACAGAGUAGGGCUUGGACCACUUGUGAGCCAAAAGCUGGGAGAGCCGUUGGAGAACAGCAGUAGCUUCGGCAGCAAAGAGGCCAUCAGCAGAAACAACAAAGGGGGUGAAGUGGCGGCGUUGUGCAGUGCACUGAGCCUGGUACUUCGUCUUCUUCUGCCUCUCCGGCUGAGAAAGGAUUGGUUCCAGUAGCGAUACCGUUCGUUCGAGUCUAUGACAGAACUCCGAAGGGGGACAAAAAGGGCUUAAAAGCAGAUCAGCUAGCUUCUUUAUUUCCCUCUCACCAAGUUCCUGUUGGAGAGAGAGAGGUGCUGGAAAGGCCGAACAGAUCGUGUUUGUGUGAAAGGAUCGAGGCAAACCAGAGCAUGGCUUCCUUUGCUCUUGUGCUGACAUGUCGAUCCUUCUUGUUGUUGUUGUAGUGCUUUUGGUGACAACAACGAGUGUGUCAGGAGCAGUAUGCCUCGCGCCUCGAGUGGAUUUGACCAACAAUGAUCGGGCGGCCUAUCAUUCCAGUGCCAAUAACGGGUGGAAGGGCGUGGUCCAAAUCUCGGGGAAUAUCGUGGCUCGGAAUCGCAACGGCAUUUUUCACUUGAAUGGUGAUACUGAUACUGCAAUGCAACAACAAGUGGGUGAUACAUUUGGCUAUGACAUGGAAUUGGUAGCCUUGGCGGAUCAGGGACGUGUGGUAGCCGUCGCCAACGAAAAGGGGACUGUUUCCGUGCUUCGAAUUGUAAAAGACAAAGACAACAACCAUACACUUUCAGUGACAAGGGCGCAAGUUGUGGCGCACAGUUUACGAGACUCCAUUCCAGAUAUGGAAGCCAGUGUGGGAGGAUUGGCGUUGAAUGGCAAUGGCACUCUCUUGGCGACAUCCUUGAUGGACUCGUUCUUGAAACCAGGACCACAAGGAUGGAGAAACGAUGUCGGAUUGUUUCCUAUCCACAAUACUGAUUUCUACGCCAAUAAUCUCAGCGCUUCUUCUCCACCACCACCGCCACAAGUGAUAGAGCGAGUGUCGGGAGCAAGUGCCAGCACACUGGUCUUGUCCGCCUUGGGGAAUGUUCUGGUGGCGGCCGAUGAUGCCUGUGAAACAGAAGAAGGAUACCGUGACAAAGCCCAUAUCCGAAUCUUUCGUCGUUCGUACAAUGGAACGGCACACAAUUGGGAUAUCGAAUUGGACGAGUGGGGAUACAGCCUCGGUUGCACGAGAUGGGCGUGGCCCGGGCUUUCCUUGGCAAUCAAUCAUGAUGGCAGUCUCGUUGCCGUGGGAGCAUUCAACAAUCAAUCCAACCACCCUGCCGUCAGUGUUUACCAGUACCAACAACAACAAACCAAGAGCGAGAGUAAUUGGGUGCUGCGAGAUGUUGUGGAAACUGGAAACAAUCGUACAUUUGUAUCCCUUUCCGCCAAUGGGAACUGGAUGGCCAUUGGAACUCCUCUCUGGAAUGCUACCAAUCGAACAGGCACAGACCGAGUCACUCUCUUGCACUACAACAAUAAUGACACUGACAACAGCAACACGUGGGAAACCAUGGCCACUAUUCCGGGAACAGACGACAAUGGGAGUCUGGGGAAUGGCAUUGCCAUGGACGACAAUGCUACCCGGUUGGCUGUGGGUCACUGGGGAAGUCAUCUUCGGGUCUAUGAUAUUGUGCAUAAUGACAGCAGCAUCUGCCAACACAAUCAAUCAGUCCCAGUCUUUCCCUUUCCCAAUACUUCGUCUUGCGAAGAAAAUUAUUCCAUUACAUUCAACAGUUCCAGUCAAGUGUAUCAUUUGGCAUUGUCCGGAAACUUGCUGGCAUUUGAGGAUUCCGUUGGCUUUGAAGGAAAAGACACGAGCGUGGUCCAGUUUUGGGAUGUUUCGGAUUGGAACAACAACAACUCGCAGGAUCCAAACAAACCUCUUCUGGUGGAGACUGGAAAGGAUAAUUUUACCGAGACGCAGCAUCAAGAUGUCAUUUUGACGGCCAAUGGCACCAUGGCUGCUGUACUGUCCAAAGGAGACACUGACGAGGACCCCGACACUAUUCGAGUGUUUCAGUUGUUGUACGAAAACGAAAACCAAAACCACGUCAAUGCAACAACGACUGCCAACAUUUUUCGAAAGAACGGCGACGACGACAAUAUUGUGCUGCCAUGGGCAAGAGAGCUUCCCAGUAUCCAAGGUAUCAAAUUUGAAGCGGGCAUGGGAGGCAUUGUCUUUAAUGGCGAUGGAAGAAUUAUUGUCGCGGCCAUGUAUCAAGUGGACGACAAAGGCACCGCCAGCAAUUUCACGGUUCAAGCAUUUGCCCUCAACGACAAUGACUCGGAAUGGAUACGCAUGGGGAACAAUAUUUCACUAGAGACUCCAUUCGGCACGUUCUCCUUGUCCAGAUCAGGGCAUGUAUUGGCGGUGGGUGAUAGCCAAGUGGACGCGGCGGAGGAUACGAGAGGGAGAGAAGGACAAGUUCGGAUCUUUGGGUUUAGCAACGGUGAUUGGACCUUGCAAGCCGAGUUUCUGGGUGUCCCAAAUGAGGACGGCAAUCUUGGCAUUGCCACGUCGUUGAAUGCCGAUGGCACCGUUCUAGCUGCCGCUGGCAUUCUGUCCAGAGAUAAUUACGGCAUUCCCGCGGUGGGUGCUGUCAAUGUGUACCAAAAGAAAGACGAUACUUGGACGUUGCGAGAUCGCUUCUCUGUUGGGAAUAGAGACGAAGCCUUUGGGUUUUCGCUCGCUCUUUCUGGGGAUGGCAAGCGUCUGGCUGUGGGGAGCUUUUUCGAGCGCAAACGAUCCCGCGUUCGGCUGUUUGAAUACGACGAUGCAGUUCGUCAAUGGGGAUUAGUCUUUGCGGACAAAGGCUACUACCUUACACGUCUAGGCGAAGACGACUAUGAUAUCACUUUGCAUUCGUUUGGGCAGUCUGUAGCAUUGAACGAAGACGGCACUCUCAUGGCAACGGGAUCUGCGUCACGUUUCCGAUCUUCCAAUCAGCAAAACCACGUUCGAGUUUACAACCUUUCUGCCUGUUUGAGUUGGCAAAGCAACGUUUCCAUGAUGAAUGACUUCUAUGAUGGCUCCAACCGAUCCAAGUCCGAGAGCGAUCCAGGCAAAUCCAAUGCCAACGAGUCAACGGCUUCGGGCGUGCCAGCAUCCGAUAGUUCUAGCUCAGAAGGCUCCACUGAGGACCCGGCAUCAAGCAGCUUUGCUCUUUCAACUACAGCUGCAGUUACGCAACUAAAUUGUUGCAUUGUGUUGCUGUUCCACUUGUACUUUUGAAUGGGCUACGCCACAAGUCAUUGCUCCCUCCGUCCCUGGUAAUUAGCGAUUUCAACCCACACUUAGGUACUAGUAAUAAGGCAGCGUUUUCAAACCAUGGUCCCAGAAGCUGGGAUAAAUGACCAGGUCUGCUGGAUCACCAAACGUUCGGGGUCUUCCCAGCUUCUGAAUCAAUCAGCACUCCUACGUAAAAGAGUCGAGUCAGUCGAAGACGGACAUGCAGCAACUUUACGAGGCGUAACCCCAACACAUUAGCAACUACGAGCAGUGUCAGGCCCAGAUCAAGAUCACUUCAUUCCAGCGCCAAUGGGCUCUCAGCAACACAAUGGCAGAAAUAGAGGAUGGAUGCAAGUACAGUGGGCCUCUGGUACAUCCAUAGAGAAGCGACCACAUGAAGCUAUGGUGUCUUGGGUUUGUCAACUUACACGGGCAAGGUGUAAACAACCAUUCUUCCCUAUGCACUUUUGAGAUUACUUAUGCUAAACCACAGAAAGCUAGACCUCUUCAUAGUCCACGAUUGUGGCACUGCCAACAGUGGUGGACACAGCUGGCACCAAGCCACCAGUGCUCCCUUUAAGUGUUGCUUUCAAAUUGCAAACAGCUUCAAUGAAUGGCAGGCCAUUCACAGAAAUUGAUAAAGACCCAUUUGAUAAGUUGCCCACUGACAAAUCAAGGAUAACAGUCACAGUCGCUCCUGCUCCAAACUUGGCGGUGGGGCCAAAGUAGGCAACAGGCUUUAAUGCACCAUUGGACCAAGCACCUCCGUAGCAGCCAUGGACUCCCCAGCAACCCUUUUGAGUUCCUCCAAACUCUCGCGAGCUCGGAUUGGCAGAAGUUUCAGCUACGCCAAGCCAAGUGGCCCGGUUUUCAGACCUACCGGAUGAAUCCAAGGUAAUCGUCCACUGAAACUUUCCCUUUGUCAGGGGCUGGCACUCCAGGGUGUCAAAACUCCAUGGGUCUCCGCGUGAUGCUGUCAUAGUGAUGGACUUGGCACAUUUCCAAGCAUAACUGUACCCACGCAAACCAGUUCUUCCAAAGGCAACUUUGUGCUUGUGCUUGGCUCUCUUUGCCUGCCGCUGGAAAGCAUUGCAGAGUUGCUCCGUUGUCACUAGCCCCGACGUUGCAACCAAAGAAGACAAGUCAUCUGGGUCAAUGAAUUCAAGCUCAAUGUGGUUUUGCACCAGGUUUUUGGCUGCUUUUUGACGAUCCUCUUUAGUUCCACCACCAAGAAUGGAUGGUUCGCUCUUGGACCAGCCAACGAUCAACUUGAAGCGUACCCCGUCACCAAGCGUCACCCCAUCGUCCCUCAGGAUAGCUGCUAGAAGGCUACCAUUUAUACCGCCAAGGACAUCUUCAUUGAAUGCUCCUGACUUGCUCAGGCCGAUACUUCUGCAGGCUUGGUUCUUCAAUUCCCCGGAUAUCACUGGACCCCCGUGUUUCGAGGCUGCCAAGAUGGAAAUACCAAAGCAUGGAUAUGCACGUAGCAAGCUCUCAAGGCAGUUCUGAGCCUUUUCCCAGAGGUUGGGGAGAUCAACAUAUAUGGCCGCCUCUGUCAAUGAAAGCAACGCUUGGAAUUUCUCCAUAACUUCUGCGGAAAUCUUAGAAGAGGAAACAGCACCAUUAUCAAUAACGACAAUCUCCGCCAAGAUACUGGCAGUGUCAGUGUGGACAUAUUCCACAAUGGCCUUUAGAACAAAGCUGGAAAAACCAAUAGGCACAACAUCCUUGUCAGCUUCCUUGAAUGCUCCUUUCUUGAACAUUGUCUUGAAAUAUGGACUGCGUACAGACAAGGCCAUGCGAUUGGCACGGAUUUUCCCUCCAUCAGUGCCCUGCAAAGAGACAUCGCAGUACUCUUCAUCCGCCAACAAGGCAAAUGCCUUUGAAAGGGGAACCUCCUCAGCCUUAGUCGACAUGGUUGCGUGUGAGUUCUAGAGAGCUGAAAGCGCUGGCGCCAAAGACAGAAUGCUCUUUUUGUGUGCUGUUGCUGGAGAAUGGAAAUGGCGAAUGGCUCGAGAGUUGUUGCUGAAGAAAAGAAAUGACGAAAUGUGAGAAGCCACUUUUCCGUUUCGCACAAUGCCUUCCCAAGGAGGUAGUUCUGGUAAGGCUAAACAAUAUUUCACUACGAAUUUUAUUUGGUUUUACCGCAUCUACCUGAAUUAUUUGCAUUGGAUGCACUUUUCGGUUGGUCGGACGUGAGGCGCCGGCAAGUCCCUUUCAGCCGAUGGUCAAUUUUAAAACU